CAAAAAUUUAAAUAAUUUUUGUUGUUAUUAAUGCAUAAAUAUUAAUAUUUGUUCCUAAAAAUGACCGAAUUUUUAGCAGAAAAUAAUGCCUGUGGUCAAAACCUCUUGCGCAUUGUUUCUAUGGGUAAUUCCAUAAUAGCGGAAAUUUUACGUUUAAAAGAUUAUAUACCAGAUAUUUUUCGAUUGGAAACUAAAGCCGAUCAGCAAAAAUAUGGAGAAGUUGUAAUGGACUUUAGUUAUCUUAAAAUUGCCGAAGCUCAAGAUUUGAAAAUUGAACAAAAUCCUGAGUUGCAGGAUUUAGACGAUGAAUUGCGUGAAAAUUAUUUGGAUUUAUUGACUCGUUUCUAUUUGGCCUUCGAGAGUACACAUCAAUAUGCUUCGGAUUUGCAACAGUUUAUCGAUGAACUAAAUCGUGGGUAUUAUAUACAGCAAACAUUGGAAACAGUAUUGCAGGAUGAGGAGGGCAAGCAGUUGAUGUGUGAAUCCCUAUACAUAUUCGGUGUAAUAUUGCUCAUUGUGGAUUUUCACAUACCAGGCAUUAUUCGAGAACGUCUUUUAAUGUCUUACUAUCGUUACAGUGGCUCUAAAUCUCAUAGCGAUAGUAAUAUAGAUGAUGUGUGUAUGCUCUUACGCUCUACGGGUUUUAUAGCUCAUAAAGCCACAGGUCUGCACUCCAUGAAAUCCUCAAAAGAUGCCGUUACAAAUUAUCCAGAAUCGUAUUUCUCACGUUUUAAAUUUGAGCAAAAUUUCAUAGAUAUGGUUAUUGGACGUCUAAGAUGUGAUGAUAUUUACAAUCAGUUAAGUAUUUAUCCACAUCCAGAUCAUCGUUCUACGGCCUUGUCCACACAGGCCGCCAUGCUGUAUGUUUGUCUGUAUUUUUCACCGAAAAUUCUGCACUCCCAGAUAGCACAAAUGCGUGAAAUUGUUGAUAAAUUUUUCUCCGACAACUGGAUUAUAUAUAUUUAUAUGGGUAUAACGGUCAAUUUGGUUGAUGCCUGGGAUCAGUUUAAGGCCGCUAAGGCAGCCUUGUUGCCCGUGGUAGAAACAGAUGCCAUAAAAGGAUUUUGUUUGUUGCACAGAGAGAAAAUGGAAAAGAUCUUGAAGCAUUCCCAGGAGAUCUUAAGAGAUGGCGUACUAACAGACUAUUUUGUUUUACAAAAUAUUACCAAGAUUAUAAAUCUUAUACGCCAGUGCAAUGUAUCGCUACGUUGGUAUUUUACUCAUGCUUCACCAAUAAUUUAUGAGAUUUGCAGAGGCGCUGCUACACAAAAAGUUGAGCAAAUUGUGAAAUUGGUGCGCUCCGAAUUACACUAUAGUGAAAGUGAUUUAUUUGAACUGCUGUUGAAUUGUUCGCAACUGGAGCUGGUUGUCAAGGAAAUUUUACGUACUCUAAUGCAGGAGAAGCCUCAAAGAUGGAGUGAUUUCAAAAAAGAAGCUUUAGAUCGUGUUAAUGAAUUGAGUGAAGCAUUUUCUGGUUCACGUCCACUAUCGAAAAUCGAAAGUAAUCCCCAAUUGAAGUUAUGGUUUGCGGAAAUUUCCCAGGAAAUAACCAAGUUGAAUUGUGAAAAUGUUAAUUUAUCGGGACGUACUUUAAUACAGCUCAUACAGGCUUUGGAGGAGGUGCAAGAGUUUCAUAAUCUACAAUCAAAUAUGCAAGUUAAACAGUAUUUAAUGGAGACAAGAGAAUAUUUAACCAGAAUGAUACAGAUAAUCAAUGUAAAAGAAAAUAUUCUCAUAAAUAUACAAUUAAUAAGUGAUCUUAGUUAUGCCUGGCAUUUAAUAGAUCGCGAUUUUACCUCUAUAAUGCAGGAUUCCAUUAAAAAACAACCAAAAUCCGUAAUACGUUUAAGAGCAGCAUUCCUAAAACUGGCCAGUGCCUUGGAAAUUCCCUUAAUGCGAAUAAAUCUAGCAAAAUCGGAAGAUCUUAUCUCUGUUUCCAACUACUACAGUUCCGAGUUGGCCAACUAUAUGCGCAAGGUAUUGCAAAUAAUACCCGAAACCAUGUUUAAUCUUAUGGCCAGAAUUAUACAAUUACAAACAGAUGUUUUAAAGGAGAUUCCCACACGUUUGGAAAAGGAUAAACUUAAAGAAUAUGCCCAAUUUGAAGAUCGCUAUACAGUGGCUAAACUAACCCACUCUAUAUCAGUAUUCACCGAGGGCAUUCUAAUGAUGGAGAAGACUUUGGUGGGCGUUAUAGAACUAGAUCCCAAACAAUUGCUAGAAGAUGGCAUACGCAAGGAAUUGGUUAAACAUUUAGCCAAUGCUCUUAAUGUUGGUCUAAUCUUUACACCCAAUGUUAAACAGAAGAAUGCCACGAUAGAAUUGGAGACCAAAUUAGCGCAAUUAGCAAAAACCAUGGAUGGCUAUCGUAGAUCCUUUGAAUAUAUACAAGACUACAUCAAUGUGCACGGUUUAAAGAUAUUGCAACAAGAAUUGACACGCGUCAUUAACUAUAAUGUAGAAAAAGAGUGCAAUGCAUUUCUGCGCAAUAAAAUACAGGAUUGGCAAUCACAAUACCAAUCAACCACCAUACCCAUACCAACAUUCCCUCCCUUGCAAGGUGAUUGCUCGAAAUCAAAUAAUUUCAUAGGUCGCUUAGCCUAUGAAAUACUGCAAUGCACCGAUCACCAAAAUACUAUAUACUUGGACCUAAAAGCUGCCUGGUAUGACAAAAAAUCUCCGCAUAAGGAAGUUUUAGAUUCACGUUUUUUCUAUAAAGUACGUGAAGCCAUAGGUCCAGCGGGUCUUGUAGGCUUAGAUCGUCUAUACACCUAUAUGUUUGCGGCCGAUUUAAAAAAGAAUUUAGACAAAUUACAGCGUAAUAUAGACAAUGACAAAAUGUGGUCGUCGGCUUUGGCCAAUCUUACAACGGAUCUAGAAUCAAAACAAUUUGUGGUAUUAAAUGCGGCAAAUCCCUUGAAAUUUUAUGCCGCCUAUCAUCAGCGUUGGCUUAAGGUGUGGCCCACAAUGAUGGAAUGGAUUUUGGAGUUGGGUCAUAAGCAGAUUUUAAGGCAACAGUUGGCUUUUGAGCUAAAUCGUAGCAGUAAAGUGAAUGCGAAAAAUUUGGAAUCAGCUUUGGAGACAUUUAAUAGAUCUCUAUUAAACGAAUUGGAAAAUCAAGAAACCCAACAAAAAUUCAAAGACAAUAACUUAUUAGUCGAUCUUAAAGACUAUCUAAUGUAUACUGGCUCCUAUGAGCCGCUGGAACAAAUAUUUAUUUUAUGCAAAAACUCUCACAAUGUGGCGCUAUUCUUUUUUCUACUAAUCAUUGCUCACAUAGCCAGACUGCAAUUUUCCCUACAAACCCAAAGUCUUAUAGCCAAGACUAAUAAAGAUCAAAUAGACGGAACUCCUUUAUUAGUGGGAAUCAUCACUAUAUUACAGCAAUAUCACAAGGAUGUUAAAAUAAUGUUUAUAACAUAUCUAUGUCAAUAUGUUAAAAUAAUGGUGGAAUCAAAUUUAAGUGCCAAACAUGAAUUGUGUGCAGAAGCCAUAACCACUCUACAUUUCUUGGAUAUAUUUGUGCGUAAAACCAAACUACCACGUAACGUUUUAAGCGAACGUUUGCCGCUUAUCAUUUUAAAUCAAUAUGAAUAUUUAGGUUUAAGUUUAAAAAGUUAAAUUAUUUUUUUUUUGUUUUUUUUUUAUUUUAAAUAAUAUAUUUAUUAAAUAUAUUCGAUAAUUUUACCAACAAAUGCAUUA